GGAUAAAAGUAAAAGUUGGACUGGGAGGGCGAGGGUGUCUUUUCUCAUCCUUCAUCACAGAGGAGUAAUUGUGCUUCGGGACCUCCAAGCUCAAGCUACACCUAGCUAUAACCAUGGCCGAGCAAACUCCAGAAGAGCGCAUCGCGCGCUUCGAAGAACUCAGCGUCCUAGAAGCCGAAUUCGAAGAUGCCGAGAUCCAACUCAUCCGCAAAUCCGACGAGAUCCACGCGCCCCUCUACAAGAAGCGCGCCGACCUCAUCGCCAAAAUCCCGCACUUCUGGGCUCUUGUAUUCGAGCAGUCGCCGCCGGAGGUGGAGCAGUACAUCCUUCCCUCGGACUCCAAGGUCUUCGCCGAGAGCCUCGAGACGCUCGAAGUGUCGCGCUUCGAAAUCGACGACCCCAAGGGCUCGCCGCGCAGCUUCAGCAUCAAGUUCGGCUUCGGCGAGAACGAGUACUUUGAGGAUAGAGUGCUGGAGAAGAAAUUCUGGUUCCGCAAGAGCCUGGAUGGGUGGCAGGGGCUGGUGUCGGAGCCCGUCAAGAUCGCGUGGAAGGAGGGUAAUGAUUUGUCCGGCGGGUUGACGGAUGCAGCGUACAAGCUGUGGCAGGCAAAACAGGCCAAGGCGGGCGGGGACGCGAAGAAGGCGACGCAGUUGCCCGAGUACAAGGAGCUGGCGCAGAAGAUUGAGCAGAGUGAGGAGCCGCAGCCGAGUUUCUUUGCGUGGUUCGGGUUCGUGUCGAGUUAUAAGUGGGUGAGCGCCGAGGAGUCGGAGCAGGCGAAUCAGAAGGAGGCGGAAGCCCUGGAGAAGAAGAAGAAGGGGGAGAAGGUGGAAGAGGAGGAGGAGGAUGAGGAGGAUGAUGGAGUGGAUUCGCAGGAGACGGAGGUGUUUCCUGUGGGGGAUCAGUUGGCGACCAUCAUUGCGGAGGAUAUGUGGCCCAGUGCGGUCAAGUAUUAUAUCCGCGCCCACGAGGACGAAGGCGACGAUGACGAUCUCUCGGAGCUCGAGGUGGAGGAUCUGGAUGAUGAAAGUGAUGACGAGGAGGUUGAUAUUGCAGAGCUCGUAGGAAAGAGCAAGAAGAGAGCAGCGGAAGACUCUCCGGCCUCCAAGAAGAAGCAGAAGAAAGCUUAAUCUGGCCACGCGCUUGCUGGAGUACAAUUCUGGAUUCGACAAUGCCACAUUUUGAU